AUGUCCUAUCAAUACCCCCCACCAAAUCAGCCGCCAUACGGCGCAUACGGACAACCUCCUCAGGGAGGUUACCAACAACAAUACGGUGCUCCCCAGGGCCCUCCUCAGGGCCAUUACCCACCUCAACAAGGUCAAUAUGGCCAGCCGCCCCCAUCCCAAGGCGGUUAUCACGGCGCACCCUCGCCCCAACCCCCCGUUGGAUACGGCGCACCUCCACCAUCCGGAUACCAUGCACCUUCGCCUCAGCCUCCCACGGGAUACGGUGCACCUCCACCAAAUGGACCUCCGCCCGCCGGAUAUCAUGGCCAUUCACCCCAACCAUCCUACGGCGGUCCUCCACCAGCUGGAUACGGUGCACCUUCACCUCAACCCCCGGUUGGAUAUGGCGCUCCUCCUCCCGGCGCUCCUCCUCAGGGCGGCUACCACCAUGCACCAUCGCCCCAGCCAGGAUUCAACCAGCCUCCACCCUUUGCGCAAGGCUCACAAGGUCACGCUCCUCCACCAGGCCAACCACCUCUAGGUGGACCAGGCAUGCCAGGCGCCCCUGUACCACCGGGUGUGCCGGGGCCUAAUUCCUUCGCCGGACCAUCGAUGCCAUCGCUGGGUUACACACCAGGACAGAAAGCGCCAGGCGAUUUCCGUCGGGAAGCUGAUGUCCUCCGUAAAGCGAUGAAGGGUUUCGGAACCGACGAGGCAGCAAUGAUCGGAGUACUCGCGCGACUUGAUCCACUGCAGGUGGCUGCCGUACGCGCUUCAUACUCGCAGCAUAUCGGGCGGGAUCUGUACAAGGACGUCAAGAGCGAGGCAGGUGGAUACCUGCGACAAGGGCUGUUAGCUGUGAUUGAGGGGCCAUUGGGCCAUGAUGUUGAGUGUGCGCACGAGUCAGUGGAUGGAAUGGGCACAAAAGAAUGGAUGAUGAACGAGGCACUUCUUGGACGCUCGAACGCAGAUAUGAAUGCGAUCAGGAUAGCAUAUGAGCACAAGUACCAUCGCAAGUUACAUAUGGAUAUUGCAGAUGACUUGUCAUUCAAGACAUCCAGUCUGUUCAAGCAUAUCAUCUCGGCCCGGCGAACGGAGGAGUCUGUCCCACCCAACCCAGAGGAGAUGAAGAUGUGGGCAACUAUUGUGUACGAGAAGCGAGAUAUGGAUAGGGUAUGCGAGAUCUUUGGACGUGCAUCCAAUGCUCAGCUUCGGGCUUUGGAUCAUGAGUGCCAUGCUAAGUGGCGAACUUCGCUUCUUGGAGUUAUUAUGGACAAAUACUCUGGUCAUAUGCAAGAUACAUUGUGGUUUAUGGCGCAGGGUGCUUCGGAUCCGGCUAUGCGUGAUGCUAUCUUACUUGAGCAGGCUAUGGAUGGUGCGGGCACAAAGGAUGAGCGCCUUGUCGUCAGGAUUGUGCGCAUACACUGGAACCGGGAUCAUAAAGAACAGGUGAAGCGGGCUUAUCGUCAUAAGUACCAUAAAGACUUGAUUGACCGCGUGCGUGGAGAGACUUCAGGUGAUUAUCAGAACUUGAUGUGUGCUUUAUUGCAGUAG